UCCUGGUUUGUUAUAAUUCUCACGCGGAAUUACAAUGGCGAUAAAAUCACUCAACUGAACUUUCUUUGCUAAACUAGGGUUUUUCUAUUUCUGAGAUUCUAUCCAAGAAAUUUCUUCAGGAGGUGCAACAACAAAGAAACAGAACAAUGUGGUACCAUGUGGCAAAGCCAUCUGAGUUUUUGGUCAUCACUGGCAGAGGAAUUGAUGAGUUGAAAAUUGCAAAGAAGGCUAUGGUAUGGCCAUUUCAGAAGUGCGAAAAAAUUGACGUUACCCCCGUAAAUUACACCUUUGAAGUCAAUGCCAUGAGCAAAGAGAAGCUAUCUUUCCUACUCCCUGCCGUUUUCACUAUUGGUCCCCGGGCUAAUGACCACAGCAGCCUUGUCAAAUAUGCAAGGCUUCUUUCUCUUCAUCAGCGCGAUUCCCAUGAUGUAAAAGAGCUUGUUCAAGGCAUCAUUGAGGGAGAGACACGUGUCUUGGCUGCUUCAAUGUCGAUGGAAGAUGUAUUUAAAGGCACAAAGGAUUUCAAGCGCGAAGUUUUUGAAAAGGUUCAGCUAGAGCUUAACCAAUUUGGACUUCUGAUAUAUAAUGCUAACAUUAAGCAACUGGUUGAUGUUAGAGGCCACGAGUACUUUUCAUAUUUGGGCCAGAAAACUCAAAUGGAAGCAGCAAACAGGGCAAAAGUUGAAGUAGCUGAAGCGAAAAUGAAGGGCGAUGUUGGAUUCAAACAGAGAGAAGGAUUGACAAUUCAAAAUGCUGCAAAGAUUGAUGUUGAGACGAAGGUUAUAACCGCGCAAAGAAAAGGUAAAGGUAAAAUGGAGGAGAUUAAGGUAGGAUCAGAAGUCAAGAUUUUUGAGAAUCAGCAAGAAGCUGAAGUAUCUGAGGCAAAUGCAAAACUAGCAACGAAGAAGGCAGCAUGGUCGCAGCAGGCAAAGAUGGCAGAGGUGGUAGCUGAAAAAGCUGUGGCAAUACGAGAGGCUGAGUUACAGCAAGAAGUCGAGCGAAAGAAUGCCUUGACUAAGACUGAGAAUUUCAAGGCUCAGUUCCUCAGUAGGGCUAAUGUGGAAUAUGAGAUUAAGGUGCAAGAAGCAAAUUCGGAGUAUUAUCAAAAGCAAACAGCAGCUGACGCAAUACUGUAUGAGAAACAAAAGUUAGCAGAGGCUCGAAGGAUCGAAGCAGAUGCUGGAACGUACGCAGAAAAACAAGCUGCAGAUGCUGCACUCUAUGCCAAGAAGAAAGAGGCUGAAGGACUUGUGGCUUUUGCAGAAGCACAAGGGAUUUACAUACGCACGUUGUUGUCAGCACUAGGAGGAAAUUACAUCGCGUUGAGGGAUUUCUUGAUGAUUAAUGAAAGGAUAUACACAGACAUUGCCAAAUAUAACGCAGAAGCUAUCAGAGGACUGCAACCAAAGAUCACUAUUUGGUCAACUGGUGCAAGUGAAGGGGAUAUGACCGAUGGAACACGCGCAGGAAAGGGAAAUGGUGUCAUGAAAGAGAUGGCGUCGCUUUACAGUGUAAUUCCUCCGUUGCUACAGACCGUGUAUGAGCAAACUAGUAUGCUGCCUCCACCAUGGCUCGACACUUGCAGCACCAGCCUGACCACAUCGACCGAAUCAGCUUAAUGGUUUCUCACAUAAUAUUAUUAGCUACCUUGCUGGUAAAUGAUUUAGUAGACUUAACAUAACACAUAAGUACUAGUACAUAUUGUUGGUUCAUUGGCAAGUGGAGGAAUUAACAAUAGAUUACUAUUCAGUUAGUUUUGGUGCAUUGGAAACAAUAUGAAGGUACAGUUGGUAAAUUGUGAAUUUCUCAUUGAGUAGAAUUGUCAUAGCAUCAGCUUGAGUUGGAGAGGAAAGUAAGUUAUUUUCCAGCAGCCAAACAUCAAUAAAUAUUUUUGUUUAAGAAUAUUUUACAUUUAAAAAGAAAAAUCAACUGACUUUGCUUA